AUGACUGACUUUGAUAGUCAAUCUAUAUGUUCAGAGUUAAAUAUAUCAGAAUCAGAGGGAAAUACAACCGAAAUACAGAACCCAACAUCUCAGGUUGUUGAACACGACGGCGAACAGUCGACCAAUGAAAGCAGAUUUGAGCUGGAAUCGCUGGACAUUUUUUCACAGCAUUCAAGUGAUAAAGAUCAAGGUGAAAAUAAAGAUCAAAGCGAAGCUCCUUCAAACUUACGUAGACUUUUCGUCACGGAGAAAGGAAGUCUGAAAUGGCGAAGCGAUUAUGAAGGCCUUUGUCAUGUUGUUGAACAGCUACAACUACAGCCAGGGAAGUGGACUACACCGAGGGGACAGUGUAAACAAUUUGAGAACAGCGAUGUUGUAAUAUGCUGGUACAUAAACUCUGGAACUUUAACGAUAAAAGGGAAUAAGGCAAAAGAAAUUAAAGAAAAACUUUUAUAUUUCGACAGUAAUUCGAGCGACAAAGUCAUUACAGAUUCGGUUAGUUCAAAGUACAGUAAUUUGCAUUCCACUCUCAAGUCACAAGAUAGUAAUUUACAUAUUGGUUCACGAAACAGUCUCCUGAAUAAUUAA